UCCAGACAGCUCUCAGGAUACGUGAACUUUACGAGUGAUCACGGCUAGCAGCGAAACGCGUGCGCCAGUUUAAAAGUGAAAAAAUUGAAGAGCGAAGACAUCCUCUACCUCCGAUUCUGUCCAUCGUUAUUCUGCGGACAAGGACUACACGGACUAUACUUGCAGAAGAUAAUAUCAUCAUCAGUGCCAGUUGGUGAACAUUUCUCGCAGAGGAGAGUUCCAUAUUUAGGGUAAGCCGUCGUUCCUGUAGUUGUUACUCAUUGUUAUUCACUUAGUUUUUAAGGUUUAAAGACGGAGACUGUAGUGUUAAAAAAACGGGCAAAAAUGGAACCCCGAAUAAACUGUUUCAAAUGACAACUUUUUGGGAGUAAUUUUUUAAGUGACUUUUCAACCGUUUGAGAUUGCUGUAACUGAAGGGAUUGAAACAACAGAAAUUAAGACGGUUUAAAGGGAAAAUCCAUUGAAUCACGCUCUGAGUCAGUGUCUGUGGACCAUGGGUCUCAACAAGUUGGCUUUCCUCUGGUGCUGCUGCAGUUGUGUGAUAUCCACUGACCGGUUGACAGGUCCCUGUCUUGCGCAUCAUCGUGCAGUAAUGCGAGUCGCUUUAAUGGAGGACAUCCAAGAACUUCCUCACUGAGAGUUCCUUAUCUUUCACAUCCUUCCAGACACACACACACUCACACACUACACACACAGUCGAUCUCACUCAUUUACUUACUCACACACUGUCUCUCACUCACACAAAACCGCUCUCUAAAGCUCUGUCUCUUACACACACACACCAGUCACCAUGUUCCCUAACGAGUCUUGUGAAAACAGCACCAGGAUCCACGUGGACGGCAACCCGGUGGUCAGCACCUUCAUGUUCGUGGCCGGCGUGGUGGGCAACCUCAUGGCCCUCGCCAUCCUGGGCGUUCACCAGAAAGAGCGUCGCACCAAAUCCUCCGUGUUCUGCAUCCUGGUGACGGGGCUGGCUCUCACAGACCUGCUGGGCACCUGUCUGCUGAGUCCGCCCGUGUUUGUCUGCUACGCCCCCGCCGCUCCACCCUGCUGGGGCUGACGGGCGGGCCAUUGCCUCUGCAACCUCUUUGCCUUCGCCGUGUCCUUCUUCGGCCUGGCGUCCAUGCUGAUCCUGUGCGCCAUGGCGGUGGAGCGUUGCCUGGCGAUCAGCCACCCGUACUUCUACUCCAAGGUGGUCCGCCGGAGCUUCGCCAAGACGGCGCUCUUCCUCAUCUACCUGUUCACCGGGGGCUUCUGCUCGCUGCCCUUCAUGGGGUACGGGCGCCACAAGCAGUACUGCCCGGGCACCUGGUGUUUCAUUAAGAUGGAGACGUCGGGGGACGGGGAGGAGGGGAGCGUCCUGGCGUUCUCGCUGUCGUACGCCUCCCUGAUGGCUCUGCUGAUCGCCGUGGUGUUCCUGUGCAACGGCUCGGUGAUAGUCAGCCUGUGCCGCAUGCACCGGAGCCAGAUGUCGCGGCGGGGGUCGGUGGUGACGGCGGGGAGGAAGAGGAAGAUGAGCCUGUCGUGGUUCGGCCAGGGCGAGGAGGAGAUGGAUCACCUGGUGCUGCUGGCGUCCAUGACCGUCAUCUUUGUGGUCUGCUCCCUGCCGCUCACUAUUGCCGGGUUUGUCAAUGCAGUCCACCUGGUAGGGGAUGACCAGGAAAACCUGCUGGCGUUCCGUUUCCAGGCGCUCAACCCCAUCGUGGACCCCUGGGUUUUCAUCAUCUUCCGCAAGUCCGUGUUCCGCCACCUGCGCUCCCUGCUGCACUGCCGCUACCCUGGGGGAGCGGUGAAGAGCACGGCGGCUCACUGCGCCCUCACCUCAGAACCCCAGGCCAUCCCAACCCCCUCCAGCCCAUAACCCUCCUCUUACCCUGACAGACUGGCUAAGAGAGGACAGGAAAAGGACAAGAUUGUACAGGAUGGAAUGGGACAGCAUUGGUUAGGACAGGACAGGACAGAUUUGACAUUGUUAGCUUCGGAAAAGGCAAAAGAUGGAAGGAGCGUCAGACACUGGAUGGAUUGAUGGAGAGCAGAGCAAAGCCACUCCGUCUGACAGAGAAGGAACUACAUGUUCACCCAUCUCUGACUGUGGGACUAGCAGUGUCCUGUCCUGUCUAGACCAAAGCAAAAUGACCCUUGUUGUAAGUGCACUGGACCUCUGCUAUUAUACAGACAUUAGAGUUCUGAGUUACAUAUAGGAACAUGUGAGUUGUUUUACCUGCUUCAGGACCGUUUAAACAAUGUAUUCAUAAUGUAUUUGACCCAUUAUCUUAUUAGAACCCGACGGGCAUUCACAUUAUGCAAAGGCACAGCACGGGGAUUCCUGGCUUUGCAAUGCUGUGCUGGUACCGAUUCAAUGCUCUGUGUGGGUGUUGACAAAGUAGAAAGCUACGUGCAGCUACUGCCAAUCCCGACUUUCGUUAUUGCCGCCGCACUGCUCCAUAUGUGAAUGCCCGAUUACAUGAAUGAACAUGACUUGGACAAGAACAGAGGCUGAACUGGCCUGAACUGCAGAUGACAAGUUUCUGUCAAGUUUCUGUCUCUGCAGUGUUAUGGACUAUGAACCCUUGUGUCACAGGGUUGGACGUGCAUGGUAAUCACCGCCAUAAUCAUAAUUGGUUCCUGUUCAGAAGAAGUCAACCAGGUAAUGCAACAACAUUGCACUGGGUCCCUGUCAUGGUCACUAGGGCCUACAUCCCAUGGGACUUGAUAUGACUGAAAUUCAAUCUUCUACAACAUUCCUUUCCCAAGUCCUCCUGUGUUUGUGUCUGUGUGUGCAUAAAAAUGCGUUCUUGUCGCUGCAUGUUGAGGGAGAAGAUGUAUGAAUGUAAUUUUAUCCAUAGAGGACCACCAUUACGGAGCCUAUGACGUCUGCUCCCACUCAGAUGUCUUCAGUCCAGCUUCAACCUGCAGACCUGUACAGACAAUAAUAGAUGAACAAAAGAAAAACCAAAAUGAUUCCAAUCACCACAAUCCAGGGGCUGUGAUAACCACCUCUGCUUGUUCAAAGAUGUCUCCUCCACUCUCUCACUCACCUCAUCACCUGCUAGAGCAUUUCAUUCAGCUGCCAGGGUCGGAAAGAUAGUCUUAGAAAAGGACCUGAUGUUAUUAUGCAUGCAUAUCUGUGUGUGUACGUACGUGUGCGCAUGUGUUGCUUUGUAUGAAUGUGUCCGUGUACUCUGUGUGUGUGUUUGUUUGUUUGUGUGUGCGUGCGUGUGCAAUGUUUCUGUUUGACUUUAUAAGCUACCUAAAUAAAUCUUGCUGGAUAUUUUAGCUACAUUUGUGUCUACAGCAUUUCUGCCCUAUAAAAAGUCUUCAAAUUGUGUGUGUGUGUCUGUACACAGUAGCCUUUAUAGAUAAGCGCUGUGGCAUGCACUGUGGCUUAGUUUUGUGUGUUAGUGUCUGAGUGUGUUUUGUGGCAUGAGCUCCAAUGGUAGCAAGUCAUGUGUUGAUGUUUUUUCCUGUAGUCUUCUUUUCCUGCCUUGCAUGCCUGUCCUCAAUUGCCAGUUUUUGCAUCUUGCACUUUUGGUUCAACUGUGAGUAAACAAUAUUUGAUUUUGCAGUAUUGACAUCUGCUGAAAAAAAGAAAAUGCUAAGUGAUAAAUAAAUGUUGUGUAUAAAAUCCUGUACUGAUAUGGUUAGAUGUAAACAGAUGUAUGAGGUAAAAUAUAUAAUAAAUUGAUACAA